AUGGGUACUGCCGCGAGCACUCCGUCCGCUCCUCCAGAGCCUGCUCCUGCAGCAAAAUGCCCAGUCGACCAUAAAACUCGCGAGAUCUGGUUACAGCAGCAUAGAGCCUCUAGCGGCGCUCCUCACCAGCUGCCUUCUUCCAAUGGCUCUGCCGAACCGGAGGGGGAAAAGUCCCGAGAGAAACUACAACGACCGCUUUCUACCAAUCGUGAAAUAAGCAGUAUUCCGCGAGCAUUCAACCCGGGUCAUGAUACCAACGAACAAGCUGCUUCCGCACAAUAUGCUUCCCCCUAUGCCGCUUCCCACGGUACUCCUUCAAAUGCAGAGUCUGAGACGGGUCAUGAUGAGUCCACGGGAAAUUGGAUAUAUCCCUCAGAACGACAAUUCUUCGAAGCUCUGAUGCGUAAAGGGAAUUUACCCUCGUCCACAACGUCAGCCAAAGACUUGGCAACGUCCGUAGCAUCUAUCAUUCCAAUUCACAACGCCGUCAAUGAGCGUGCUUGGCAACAGAUCCUGGAAUGGGAAAGCCGUGCACCAGCGUCGGAUCCUGGUAGCAAGAAAUGUGGUGGUCCCAAGCUAUAUGCCUUCAGAGGUCUCGGGGUCGAGCCGCAAUUUUUAAGUCCUCGCGCCAGAAUCAAUGGAUUAUUCGGCUACCAGCACCCAUUCGACAGGCAUGACUGGGUUGUCGAACGAUGUGAUGGAGAGAGAAUUGAGUAUGUCAUUGAUUUCUAUCAAGGGAAAUCAUCGGGAGGGAACACCGGUGCAUCUGGUUUGACUGCGAAUGCGGGCCCCGGGAAGUUGAAUUUUUAUUUGGACGUACGGCCCAAGUUGAAUACUUGGGAGGGAUGGAGGAUGAGAGCAAGCCGAUUCUUCAGUCAAUAA